AUGCAAGUCAUGGUGAUUGGAGUCACCACCGUGGAAGAACAAGUGACCCAUAUAGCUCAAUUGGCUGAAACAGUUGAGAAGCUACAGAAAACUAUUGAAGAGAAGGAUAUGGAAAUUGCCGUGCUCAUGGAGAAGCUAGAAAUUCAACAUGGUGAUGACUCAGAAAAAGCAACUUCAAGACAAGAUUGCCAACACAAUCAGAGCUCAAUAUGGCGGUCCCUCUCAAGAUACGUUACAUACUCCAAGCCUUAUACCAAGCGGUUAGAUAAUUUGAGGAUGCCAACUGGGUACCAACCUCCCAAGUUUCAACAGUUCGAUGGCAAAGGUAAACCCAAGCAACACAUUGCGCAUUUCAUCGAGACAUGCAAUAGCGCUGGCACAGAUGGCGACUAUCUUGUGAAACAGUUCGUUCGCUCACUCCAAGGGACAGCAUUCGAAUGGUUUACAGAAUUGGAGCCUGAAUCCAUUGACAGCUGGGAGCAAAUGGAAAAAGAGUUCUUGAAUCGCUUCUUCAGUACACGUCGCAUUGUGAGCAUGUUAGAGCUUACCAACACCAAACAACAGAAUGACGAGCGAGCUGUAGAAUUCAUCAACCGUUGGCGUGCACUAAGCCUCGACUGCAAGGAUCGACUCUCAGAGUUGUCAGCGGUAGAAAUGUGCAUUCAAGGCAUGCAUUGGGACUUACUGUACAUCCUUCAAGGGAUAAAGCCUCGCACCUUUGAAGAACUUGCCACUCGAGCUCAUGACAUGGAAUUUAGCAUCGCUAGUCAUAGUCGAAGAAAAGAUGAAAUCGUUGAAUCACAUAAUCAGAAACGUGUCAUGGAGUCUUUGGCGAUCACAACUCCUGUCAAGAUCACAGCACGAGUCAAGUCAAACAACCAAAACAAGUUGGAGCCGACUCAUGAUCAAACAAGGCAGCGCACUCUUAGAGAGCUAGAAGCUAAAAUUUACCCUUUUCCAGAUUCCGAUGUUGUUGACAUGGUGGAAAACUUGCUUCAAAAUAAAAUAAUCAAAUUGCCAUACUGCAAACGUCCAGAAGAGAUGCAUCGCAUCAAUGACCCAAAGUACUGCAAGUACCACCGUGUCAUUGGUCACCCAACGGAGAAGUGCUUUGUGUUGAAAGACCUCAUCAUGAAGCUCGCACAACAAGGAAAAAUCUGUUUAGACAUUGAGGAUGACGUGGCUCAAUCAAAUCAUGCUGCCAUCAUCUUUGAUCAACUCGAAGUAGUGUCGUCCACGCCUUUGUAG